AUGCAGGAUCAGGGUUCGUCCCCGGGCGGCCCGCCGCAGCCCAAGCGCGCGGCCGACCAGCUCCGCGACACGCUCGCUGGCAUGACGGCCGGCGCAACCAACAUCGCAACAGGGUAUCCGAUGGACACCGUCAAGGUGCGGAUGCAGGAGUUCAAGGGACACCGCCACGCGUCCUCGUGGGAGUGCGCCAAACACAUCGUCAGGAACGAGGGGUUCUUCUCACUAUAUCGCGGCCUCAUGCCACCCGUCAUCGGCGGGGCGCUCGAGACGGCGCUGAGCUACUGGGCCUGCAACAAGACCAUCAACGCGAUAUCCGGGCACACUAAGCCGGACGAGGCCCCGCUCCCCGUGGUGGCUGCGGGGGCCUUUGUCGCCGGCAUCGUCCUCAGCCCCGUCCUGUCGCCGAUGGAGCUGCUCAAGUGCCGCAUGCAGACCGCUGCGCCGGGCGAGCACAGCGGCUCCCUCGACUGCCUCCGGAAGGCCAUCCGCGACGAGGGCUGGCGCGUGUUGCUGCGCGGCGUCCCGGGCACCAUGGCGCGCGAGAUGCCCGGCAACGCCGUGAUGUUCACGGUGUACGAGGGGCUACAGCGCGGACUGGGUCUGCGCGGGGGCGACGGCGGCGCGAUGGGGUCGGACUGGGGCGCGACGAUGGAGCAGGGGCGGCCCAGGGGCGUGUGGGAGCUGGCGGCGGGGAUCGUGCGGGACGCGGGGACGGCGGUGGUGUGCGGGGGGCUGGCGGGGAUGGUGAUGUGGGGCGUCGUGCUGCCGGUCGACAUCGCGAAGACGCGGAUCCAGGUGUCGCACCCGGCGUCGGCGAUGUACGCGACGGGCGUGCUGGGGCACAUGCGGCACGUGGUGCGCACGCGCGGGUGGGGCGGGCUGUACGCGGGCAUCGGGCCCGUCAUGGUGCGGGCGUUCCCGGCGAACGCCGCGCAGUGGCUCGCAUGGGAGGCGGUGGUGCGCGUUUACGACGACAUGGCGCGGGAGGGGGGUUGA